AUGUGUUCCUACAGACAAGAAUGGGAGCAAUCGUAUCCUUUUUUAAAAAGAGUUGAUACAAAUGUUCAUAAAGCUUUUUGCAACGUGUGUAUGAAAUCAUUUAUGAUAUCGCAUGGAGGUUUGAAUGACGUUAAACGGCAUAUUAGCGUUCCGGAACACCUACGGGGAGAAAGAGCUCGAAAGAAUACUCAAACUUUACAACAGUUUUUAAAGCGCGAUGUAUUGACAACAGUCGAGGAAAAAGUGAUUGCUGCAGAGUUGACAAAUGUUUACCAUAGCUUGAACCAUAACAUGUCGUAUAAUUCUAUUGACUGCGAUUCAAAGCUAAGUCCCGUGAUAUUUAAUGAUUCUCAAAUUGCAUCAAAAAUAUCGCUUGGUAGAACUAAGGCGUCAUGUUUAAUUUACAACGUUCUGGCUCCAGCAUCAAUCGAAGAAAUUGUGGAAAAACUGAGAUUAGGCGUGUUUUAUAGUAUUUCGACAGAUGCGUCAAAUCACGGACAUAUAAAAUUAUUUCCAAUUAUUGUCAGAUUUUACUCGCCAGAUAAUGGAAUUAGCACCUGCCUGCUUGAUUUUUAUGAGGACCCAGAUGAAAAAGCUAUCGAUAUUUAUAGUAAUAUAAAAAAUAGAAUUAAAGCGCUGGGCCUAGAUUUCACAAAUGUAUCUGCUUACUCAGCCGACAACGCCAAUGUUAAUUUUGGAAAAAAUAAUUCAGUUUACAAACUACUUUUUCAAGAUAAUGCCAACAUCUUGCCUGCAGGGUGUUCAGCACACAUGGUACACAAUGUCAUCCGUCAUGCUAUGGAAAAGUGUGAGUUUGACGUGGAAAAUUUGGUACUUAAAGUGUAUGGGCACUUAUCCUACCAUGCCCAAAGAGUUCAAACUCUAAAAGAACAUUUUGCUGAUGCUGGAAUAGAAUACCAAAAUAUUAUAAGACACGUCAAAACGAGGUGGCUAUCAUUGCAUCCCGCUAUUGGAAAAAUUCUACGCGGAUUUCCAGCGUUGAAGUCUUAUUUUAUGUCUCUUGGAGAUAACUGUCCAGUGGCAUUAUGA